AUGGCGAUGAUGAUGAGUGGCCGUGUGCUGCUGGUGUGUGCCCUCUGCGUGCUGUGGUGUGGUGCUGCCGUUUUGGUGUCGGCGGCCGGUGAUGUUGUCGAUGGCGAUGGAAGAGAUGUUGAUAGUGAAUCUUUGCUGGAAAGCGCAGAAAGUGGAAUGUCAUUACCAAGCAGCCCUGAAUCACGUAUAAAGUUAAAAGCAGUUUCAAAUCCACCGCCGAAAGACGUGGAAGAAGCACAUACACCCGCAAAAGAAUCUUCGGGAGAAGAAGAUGAAGCAGAAGAUGAAGUAACAGUAAAAAGUGAAGAAAGACAACAACAAGAAGACGAAAAUGCACUAAAAGUGAAUGAAAGGAAGACACCCGAACUUUUAGUAAAACAAAAUGAGACGCCACAAUCUCGAGAAGGAGAAAGAAGCCUAACAGCAACACCAAUAAAAGGAUCACCGACAACACCAGGACCACAAGCACCGACGCUACAAGUACAAGCACCACCACCACCACCACCAGCAGCAGCAGCUUCCGCUGACGGUGAAGCCGAUGGUGGUCCCGUUGGGGUUGAAGGUCCCAUUUCCGGGCCACCCUCAGGUGGUGCUUCUUCAUCUCCCAUUUCCAUCGAUGGAGACGCUUCAGGGAAUAAUGGCGGUGCACUAUCCACUCAGGACACGACAUCUUUAAAAAACGAUGAGCAGUCAGGGCCAACAACAUCUUCAGGGAACGCACCACUCAACAGGGAGACACCGGAGAGGUCAACACCCGAUGCACAACGGCACUCCUCUGAUACACAAGAAAAUGAAACGAGUCGACUUCCUGAUGGGGAUGCAAAUUACAGCGCCGUGGGGCAGAGUGCCGUGGGGACAAAAGGCUCUUCCGGCGUAUCGACUACCGCCAGCAACGCACCAACAACACCUCAACCACAACUGCCAGCACCACCAGUACCACCAAAAGCGACAGUAACGGGAGCGCCGGCAGAAAAACCAACUGCAGAACGAUUACCACCACCGGCAGAUUCAACACCAGGAGAAGGCCUAGCAACAACAACUACAGCUCAAACGAAUGGUACGGCGACACCUGGCGACAGCGACAGCAGCACCGCGGCCUCCCACACCACCUCCCCUCUUUUGCUUCUUCUUGUUGCGUGUGCGGCUGCUGCUGCGGUGGUGGCCGCGUGA